GCCCUGCGACUCCUGCAGGAAACACUCCACAGGUAUAAAUCCCGCCCAGAGCUCCCCCACCCCAGCUGGGCCUCGCCAUGGCGCACACCUGCUGCACCAGAGCCUGCGUCAUUGCUGCGUCCACCAUGUCCGUCUGCUCCAGCCACCGGGGCGGAGGCAGCAGGAUCUGCUCACCCAGCCUGGGCCCCGACUGCUCCUGGCAGGUGGACGACUGCCAGGAGAGCUACUCUGAGCCCCCCUGCUGUGCCCCCAGCUGCUGCGAGGCCCCCUGCUGCGCCCCAGCCCCCUGCCUGACCCUCCUCUGCACCCCAGUGAGCUGUGUGUCCAGACCCUGCUGCCAAUCAGUCUGCACCAGCUCCUGCACCCCCUCCUGUUGCCAGCAGUCUAGCUGCCAGUCUGAUUGCUCCAGCUGCUCCCCCUGCCAGCCAUCCUGCUGUGUGUCCCUCUGCUGCAAGCCCGUCUGCUGCAAGCCAGUCUGCUGCAAGCCUGUGUGCUGUGUGCCUGUCUGCUCUGAGGCUUCCUCCUCCUGCUGCCAGCAGUCUAGCUGUGAGCCCUCUUGCUGCUCCUCUUCCCCCUGCCAGCAGUCCUGCUGUGAGCCCUCUUGCUGCUCAUCCUCCCCCUGCCAGCAGUCCUGCUGUGUGUCCCUCUGCUGCAAACCCGUGUGCUGCAAGCCUGUGUGCUGUGUGCCCAUCUGCUCUGGGGUUUCCUCCUCCUGCUGCCAGCAGUCUAGCUGCCAGUCUGACUGCUGCAGCUCCUCCCCCUGCCAGCCGACCUGCUGCGUGCCUGUGUGCUGCAAGCCUGUGUGCUGUGUGCCCCUCUGCUCUGAGGCUUCCUCCUCCUGCUGCCAACAGUCUAGCUGUGAGCCCUCUUGCUGCUCCUCUUCUCCCUGCCAGCAGUCCUGCUGUGAGCCCUCUUGCUGCUCAUCCUCCCCCUGCCAGCAGUCCUGCUGUGUGUCCCUCUGCUGCAAGCCCGUCUGCUGCAAGCCUGUGUGCUGCAAGCCCGUCUGCUGUGUGCCCGUCUGCUCUGGAGCCUCCUCCUCCUGCUGCCAGCAGUCUAGCUGCCAGUCUGACUGCUGCAGCUCCUUCCCCUGCCAGCCGUCCUGCUGCGUGCCCGUCUGCUGCAAGCCCGUCUGCUGCUACAGACCCUCCUCCUGCGUGUCCCUGCUCUGCCGCCCCGUGUGCAGGCCCGCCUGCUGCGUGCCCGUCUCCUCCUGCUGUGCCUCCUCCUGCCAGCCCAGCUGCUGCUGCCCGGCCUCCUGCGUGUCCCUGCUCUGCCGCCCCACCUGCUGCCGCCCGGCCUGCUGUGGUGUCUCCUUGGGCCAGAGGUCCUGCUGCUGACCGGCCAUGUCCCCAGGCCAGUGGGCUCAGGUCCCUCCUCCCCACCCGGGUAUCCUGACCCCAGCCUGCGGGAGCCCACAGAGAAGGACCAGCUCCUGCCCUUCCUCCCUGUCCAGCCCAAGUCUGAGGCCUGAGCCCUCCCUGGCUGCUCUCCGGCCCCGCCCAGGGGAGAGCUGGCCGCUGCACCCACUUCCUGUUCCUGGCCACCACCCUGCCCAGUUGGGACUGGGUCCUCCUGACCCUGCUCUUGUCCCCAGAAGUGCCACUCUCUGAACAUCAAUAAAGCUGUGCUGCCCACA